UAGCGAGAUAGGGGUGUGGCUAAACGCCCACUAUUACGUCCAAUUUCAGCCCGUCAAAGCGCUUUGAAACCUUGAUUCUCUACAUUCACCAGUAAACAAAUUUCAUAUAUUAUUCAUAUCACGAAAUAAAAAUAGCCGAAAUGGAAGGCACCUGUCUCUGCGGCGCCAUAACUGUGCGCGUCAACGACUCCGAACUCUUCACCAAACGAAGAGGUCACAUAUGCAGAUGUGCGAAUUGUAAGAAAACUGCCGGAUCUGCUUUAGCAACAAAUCUCAUUAUCGAGAACGAAAAGUUUGAAAUUAUAGGCGAAGAAAAUCUCAAGCGGUACGAGGAUAAGAAUACAUUGAGUGGAACACCAUUGGGGAGGUAUUUCUGUGGGACUUGUGGGAACCCAAUCAAAUCCGUGACCCCGCUGUAUGAAGGCAAAACGGUACUGAAACUGGGGAUCUUCCCUAAGAUCCCAACGCCGGAAUGGGAGUCUUUUUGUGGAAAUAGACAGGCUUGGGAGAUGCCGUUGGAUGGGGCGGUUCAGUAUAAGGGGGAGAGCUUUGGAGAGAAGAUGGAGUAGGAUUUUGUACUGAUGUGGUGAUGAGUGGUGGGAAGAGAGGCCUGGAGAGAGGAUGGCGUGGGAUUUGAGAUAAGAAAGUAGAUAUUGAAGUUACAUAUAAGUGACGCCUACGCUUCUUUAUCGUGAAGUAGUUGAUUGACAUGUCGACUAAUAGGGUUGAUUCUUGUAAUCGGAGUCUGAGGAGUGGUGCAAUAGAAGAAUAAUGUAGUUUACUUCGUCUAGAA